GCGAGAGAGCGAGAGCGAGAGAGAGCGAGUGUAGCGGGCAUUAGCGGCGGGCCGGCCGGCCGGCGGGGCCAUGUAACUGGGGCCGGAGCGGAGAGGAGCGGAGUCGGGUCGGGUCGGGCAUUAGCGGCGGCCGGACAUGGCGCAGUCUCCUGUGGCCGUGACCGUCCCGGGAAUGCAGAAUUACCGAGCAGAUCCUGAGGGACUCUUCACCAAGCUGGAGCGGAUCGGAAAGGGGUCAUUCGGUGAAGUCUUCAAAGGAAUUGACAAUCGGACUCAACAAGUGGUGGCCAUCAAGAUCAUUGACCUUGAGGAAGCCGAGGAUGAGAUUGAGGACAUCCAGCAGGAGAUCACGGUCCUCAGUCAAUGCGACAGCCCUUACGUAACCAAGUAUUACGGAUCAUAUUUAAAGGGGACAAAGUUGUGGAUCAUCAUGGAAUAUCUGGGAGGAGGCUCGGCACUGGAUCUGCUCCGAGCCGGCCCCUUUGACGAGUUCCAGAUCGCCACCAUGCUGAAGGAGAUCCUGAAGGGCCUGGACUACCUGCACUCCGAGAAGAAGAUCCACAGAGAUAUCAAAGCGGCCAAUGUCCUGCUGUCGGAGCAGGGUGAGGUGAAGCUGGCGGACUUUGGUGUGGCGGGGCAGCUGACGGACACACAGAUCAAACGGGACACGUUCGUGGGCACGCCGUUCUGGAUGGCCCCUGAGGUCAUCCAGCAGUCUGCCUACGACUCCAAGGCUGACAUCUGGUCUCUGGGCAUCACGGCCAUCGAGCUGGCCAAGGGGGAGCCCCCCAACUCGGACAUGCACCCGAUGAGGGUCCUCUUCCUCAUUCCCAAGAACAACCCGCCCACGCUGGGGGGAGAGUUCAGCAAAUCAUUCAAGGAGUUUAUCGACGCGUGUCUGAACAAGGACCCCUCCUUCCGGCCCACAGCCAGGGAGCUGCUCAAACACAAGUUCAUCCUGAAGAACUGCAAGAAGACGUCAUAUCUAACGGAGCUGAUCGAUGGAUACAAGCGGUGGAAGGCCGAGGGUCACAGCGACGAUGACUCCAGUUCAGACGAGUCCGACUCCAGCAGCAGCAGUGACAAGGAGAACAGAGGGGCCAAGCCCAUCGAGUGGUCAUUCACCACCGUCAGGAAGAAACCUAACGCCAAGAAGCUGCAGAACGACACGGACGAGGAGGACAAGAAGAUAUCGGUCUGUCUGUCCACGGUGAUGGCUCCGCUCUUUGCCCAGCUGAAGGAGCAGGAUGGAGACAAUGUGGAGAAGGCAGCAGUGAUUGAUGCGCUGGAGACCAGCCUGGUGCGGGCGGAGUCUGGCUACCCCGGCAUCACCGAGAAGAUGAUCCAGAAAAUCCUAGAGAGGUUCCAAAGGUUUUCUGCCACUGAAGCUUGUUAGAGGACCAGUCCCGCCCACCUGACACUCCCGUAGGUCCCAGCACACCCAACGCUGUACACACCUCCUCGCACACCCCUGCCGCCCACUCUCAAGGGGGGAGGGGGGGGGUCUGUAGACCAGACCUCCUCAUUUCCCUCCCUCCCACUUUCCCCACUCACUCUUCCCCCUUCCACCGACCGAUGGAAGCACCGCACCGCGUGGAGCUCGGAGGCUGAGUGAGGGGCCGCUGAAUGGAUUACCCUGCAUCUGGCGGGGCUGAGGAUUCACCUUUGCUGCACCACUCUGCUGACGUAUGAUGGAUAUUGGCGGGCACAGCCCCCACCACAGCUGUCACUGUCGUUGAUGGAAAAGUAUAAGAUGGUCACGUUGACGAAAUCUCCAGUCAACACCACACCAUGACUGGAUCUAAGGAAGCAACAAACUCCUUGGGUUUGAGAUGCCGCAGUGCAGAUUGGAGACGGGACGGGGGGGGGGGGGGGGGGGGGGGGGGGAACGUUACGCCUGGUGUCUGUAGUCCAGCUGUUCCGUUGCAUCUGGAUGCGGCUGGACGAUGGGGUUGAUGGUAGAAACAAGGAACUGCAGGUGCUGGAUUCUAGCAAGGAUAAGACACAGAGUGCUGGAGUAACUCAGCGGGUCAGGCAGCAUCUGUGGCGAAUAUGGAUAGGUGACGUUUUGGGUCGGGAUCAUCUAAUAAAGAAGGUUUAUACGUCUGAAACGUCACCUAUCCAUGUUCUCCACAGAUGCUGCCUGACCCGCUGAGUUAUGGUGCAGCAGCAUCUAUGGAUGUAAGGAAAUAGGCAACGUUUCGGGCCGAAAUCCUUCUGGAAAUAGGCAACGUUUCGGGCCGAAACCCUUACGGGUUUCGGCCCAAAACGUUGCCUAUUUCCUUAGCACCAUAGAUGC